UGGGUCUCAGUUUCCUCAUCUGUAAAAGAAGAUAAAAUUUUUUUCCUGUCUGAAGAUGAGGUGGAGGACCAUUCUACUAUGGUAUGGUUUUCUCUUGGUCACGUGUCUACUUGCUGCUGUUCAGGCAGUGCCUAUAGACAUCGACAAGACAAAAGUACAAAACACCGAACCUGUGGAAAGUGCAAAGAUAGAACCACCAGAUACUGGACUUUAUUAUGAUGAAUAUCUCAAGCAAGUUAUUGAUGUUCUGGAAACAGAUAAACAUUUCAGAGAAAAGCUUCAGAAAGCAGACAUAGAGGAAAUAAAGAGUGGGAGGCUAAGCAAAGAGCUGGACUUAGUAAGUCACCAUGUGAGGACAAAACUUGAUGAACUGAAAAGGCAAGAAGUUGGAAGGCUAAGAAUGCUAAUUAAAGCUAAAUUGGAUUCGCUGCAAGAUAUAGGCAUGGACCACCAAGCUCUGCUAAAGCAAUUUGAUCACCUAAACCAUAUGAAUCCUGACAAGUUUGAGUCUACAGAUUUAGAUAUGCUAAUCAAGGCGGCAACAAAUGAUUUGGAGCAGUAUGACAAGACUCGACAUGAAGAAUUUAAAAAAUAUGAAAUGAUGAAGGAACAUGAACGGAGAGAAUAUUUAAAAACAUUAGAUGAAGAAAAGAGAAAAGAAGAAGAAUCUAAAUUUGAAGAAAUGAAGAAAAAGCAUGAAAAUCAUCCCAAAGUUAAUCAUCCAGGAAGCAAAGAUCAACUAAAAGAGGUAUGGGAAGAGGCUGAUGGAUUGGACCCUAAUGACUUUGACCCCAAGACAUUUUUCAAAUUACAUGAUGUCAAUGGUGAUGGAUUCCUGGAUGAGCAAGAAUUAGAAGCCCUGUUUACUAAGGAGUUGGAGAAAGUGUAUGAUGCCCAGAAUGAAGAGGAUGAUAUGGUGGAAAUGGAGGAAGAAAGGCUUAGAAUGAGGGAACAUGUCAUGAAUGAGGUUGAUACAAACAAAGAUCGAUUGGUGACUCUGGAAGAAUUUUUGAAAGCUACAGAGAAAAAGGAAUUCUUGGAGCCAGAUAGCUGGGAGGUAAUAAAACCUACUUUAAAUGGUUUUAUGGAAGUGGUGAUGCAAGGAGGGAAGCAUAUGGUAUUGCUGAACAACAAUGUCACCAUCUGCAAAGUCCCUGGCUUCCCAUUGCUGGACUCCAGUACUGUGGGCAUUAGGUGGUAUCUGCAGGAUCACAGAUCUGAAGCAGAAAACAAGGUGUUUGAGUUAUAUGGUGAUAGUAAACAUGUCAGGUGA